AUCCGCUUCUAAAAAGGGAAGAAGAAGAAGAAAAAACAACUGAGCAGAAGAAGAAGACGAAGAAGAAGAAGAAAAAAUGGAGGCGGCAGUGUUCAUUCUUUCACUUGUAGACUGCUGUGCACUUAUUUUCCUUUCGGUCUACUUUAUAAUCACCCUGUCUGAUCUAGAAUGUGACUACAUCAAUGCUCGAGCCUGCUGCUCCAAGCUGAACAAAUGGGUAAUUCCAGAGAUGGUGGGCCAGUGUCUCUCCACGAUGCUAAUGUUGGUCUCAGUUCACUGGUUCAUCUUCCUCCUCAACCUGCCUGUAGCAGCCUGGAACAUUUAUAGGUAUGUGAGGGUUCCAAUGGGAAACAUGGGCUUGUUUGACCCAACUGAGAUCCACAACCGCGGUCAGCUCAAGUCCCACAUGAAGGAGGCCAUGGUUAAACUUGGUUACCACCUGCUCUGCUUCUUCAUUUAUUUGUAUAGCAUGAUCCUGGCUCUGAUCAACGACUGAAGCACCAAACAAGCUGCCAAACUCCAAACUCCAGGCUGUUUCCUCACAUACAUCCUGCUCCUGUACUGUAUGCAUAAACUCUUUCAGAACAGAAGUGUGACAUUUACCACCACUGUCGUCCUACUGAGGUUUACGCUGUUAUUUGUGUUGUCAGAAUCCCAGGGUUUUGAUUUGACCAGAAUUCUAAGAUUAUUAUUGAACCAUUUCAGACUUCAGUAUCAUCAUCACAAAAUCUUCUACCAGUCGCUUUGUUUAAUUGUAAAGGGGAUCAUUAUUGAGGUUUCCUUUAAACCUCUGUUUGCAACAGUGACGAAUUACAACAUUAACAUAGUGGCUGUAACAAAUAUUAGACAUUUUUACACUGAAGAGAGCAAGUAGGCUUCCUAAUGCAAAAAUAAACUGAAAUAGCCAGCCAUAUAUAAAGUACAAUGCAGAGUAAUAUUUCUCUGACUAUCUAAAUAUAAGGUGGAUUCUCUGAGUGUUUUUUCCACUAAUGCCAAAUUCUAAAAAAAAAUGCCAUUAGUGCUUUAAAGCUCAACUUGCAUUGUGUUGUUGAGACCCUGUUCCACUGUCAGUUUUCCCUUUUUUCUUGGGCCUUUUCUUGUUUUCCCCCCCCCAAAGUACAGUAAUACUUAUGUGCCAUUUGUCCCUGUCAGGCAUAUUUAAUUUAGAAUCCAUACAACAAGGCUGCAGAAUCAGAUUGACAGUAGAAAUGGUUUCCUGGUUUGUUUUUAAUGUCACUCCUUAAUGUUCUUUGGGUAGGAGCACAGACUACUGACACAAUGUUUCCUCUCACACAGGCACAGUGCAUACAGGUGACAAAUAAGUAAAAAUCCAACAUUAAGUUAUUAAAAGUAUUACUUUAUUUACAGAGCAUUUUUUCAAAUACAAAGUUACAAAGUGCUUUACAGUAAAAAUAAGGAAUAUAAAGUAAAUAAAGUAAAAAAUAUCAUUGGUAGAAAGAUGAAUGAGAUAAAAGUGAGUUUUAAGAGAAGAUUUAAAGACGAUACUGAUUAACCCUGUUGAACCAAAAUCUCCCAUAGCUGAUUUGCUGACUGAAGGACAUACCAAAUGAUUCACAUCAUUUUCAUCCACUUUCUCACCUCUUUAUACGUGUACAAUCAUCUGCUGCUGAUGUAGUGGUGUGGUCAGGGCAUUCCUACCUGUUUAAUCCUAUGGUAUUGUUAGGCCUUCAUUUUUCUGAACUACCCCAGUUGACACAUUUAGUCAAAAUAUCAAUUGUUUUCAAAAUAAAAUGUUGAAAUCAGUGGUUUGCGAUGGUAUUCAAGUGUAUUGAAAACUAUUAUGCAGUUAUCAUCAGAUGGUGGAUUACUAACGGAAUGAAGUGCUUCUGUUGUUACCACCUAAUACUUUAGCUCAUGGAAAUGCCAAAAUAACUGGUAUAAUGUGUAAGUAACUGAACUGAGCUUGGUGCUCACACACCUCAAACCUAUUCUGAGACUUUUUAUGCAUACAG